CUUACAUAUAUCUCCUUCCAUCCUCAAAACUUUUUUGUUUUGUUUUUUGUUUUUUAAAAAAACCCCUCUGUCUCGCACUCUCUUUAGUUUUAGGGUUUGUGCUCUUUUCCAUACCAUUCAAUGGAGGAAUACGAGAGCAUUGACAAUGAAAGUGGUUACCCAGAUUAUGAAGACGAUUUCGAAUUCGUUUUCGUGGAGGAAUGCGAGAGCACUGACAAUGAAAGUGGUUACCCAGAUUAUGAAGACGAUUUCGAAUUCGGUUUCGUGGAGGAAUACGAGAGCAGUGACAAUGAAAGUGGUUACCCAGAUUAUGAAGACAAUUUCGAAUUCGGUUUGGAGGAGGAAACAAGAACUAUCGCUGGCUCUCAACAAAUUGAGGUUAUCAGCAAAGAGUCUCUCUUGGCUGCUCAGAGGGAUGAUUUGCUGAGGGUGAUGGACGUACUAUCAUUGAAAGAGCAUGAUGCCUGGUCUUUACUCAUUCAUUAUAGUUGGGAUGUUGAAAAGUUACUGUCCGUUCUUGUGGAGAAAGGGGAAGAUGAAGUAUAUGCUGAAGCAGGUGUGACCCUAAUGGAGCGUAAUGAAGAUCUUUUCUCAUUCAUGUUUUCAUCCAGCGUAAUGUGCAUGAUUUGCGUCAAAGAAGUUCCUGGUAACAAAGUCACUACCAUGGAAUGCGGUCAUUACUUUUGCAACACUUGUUGGACAGAGCACUUUAUUUCAAAGAUAAAUGAGAGCCAGAGCGAGCAAAUCAGAUGUAUGGCACAUCAAUGCAACGCAAUUUGUGAUAUAUCUAAAGUCAGGACACUAGUCAGUACCAGAGAUCCUCAUUUGGCAGAGAAGUUUGACCAGCUUCUUCUGGAAUCAUAUAUUGAGGCUAAUAGAAAGGUUAAGUGGUGUCCAAGUGUUCCUCAUUGUGGCAAUGCUAUACGUGUUGAUGGCAAUGUUUUAUGUGAGGUUGAAUGUGCAUGCGGUCUACAAUUCUGUUUCAAAUGCUUAUCUGAAGCCCACUCGCCUUGUUCAUGUCUAAUGUGGGAACUGUGGAAUAAGAGUUGCCAGGGAAAAUCAGAGACGGUGAAAUGUAUUUUAGAACAGACAAAGAUUUGUCCAGAAUGCUACGAGCUGUUUGAAAAGGAUGGAGAAUGUGACUUAAGGACCUUCGUUUCUGGAGAACCGUUUUGUUUGCUUUGCGGUCGCCAUGCUUAUGAUAGUUGUGGAGGUUUCCAAAAAGAAAAGCAGGUGAAAAUUAGGCAUAGAAACAAGGACAUAUGGUAUUACCUUCACUACCACCACCGUUAUAGAGACCAAACACAAACUUUUGAUCUUGAAAGGAAGCUGAAGCAAGCUGCAGAAGACAUGAUAUUUCUUUUCCGUGAAAACUAUUUUAAAUCUAGGGUUUUUUGUUGGGUGUUUGAUGCUUUCAACAGAGUCUCCAAAGCAAGGAGGAUUCUUUCAUUUACAUACCCGUUUGCAUAUUGCAUGUUUGGUCCUGUACUAUUCAAAGAUCAUGACAUGCCGAAGCAGGAGAUAAGAAUAAAGCAAAACAUAUUUGAUGCUCACCUGCAGCAGCUUGUGGAAAACAUUGAAAGGCUUUCUUCGUUACUAGAGAAACCUUUUGAGUUUUACGAGGAGGACAGUCUUAUGAAGUUGAAAAUGCAGAUAGUUAAUCACUCGGCAGUUACUGAUAAGCUGUGCAAAAACUUGUACGAUUGCAUUGAGAAUGAUUUGCUCGGGCCGCUUCAGUCGGAAAUUCACAAUAUUGCUCCUUACAAGUCAAAUGGCGUGGAAAAAGCUUCUGAUCAUUGUUUAUAGAGACACGAGGCCCUCUAAUUUUGAAAAGAAUUGUGGAUUUGUGGAAGAGAAUUUGGAGAUGAACAUGUCUCUCAGAAACAUGCAUGUACAGGAGUAAAAGAAUGAGGUCAACCUUCAUGGAGCACCUUUUUUCCUAAUUUUUCUUUAGUUAGAGCUCUGUUAGAUGAUAUAUGUUUUUACUGAAAACGAUAUGCCGUUUGUAAUUGUAACUAGUAGACGAAUGAUAUAUUUUUGGCAUUUUGUAUUACAUAUGUCGUUUUUACAGUAUUAUAAACGACAUGGA